UCGGGGAGAGAGAGAGAAGCGAGCGACUGCAAUGAUGAUCGACGCCAGCCUGCCACCACUCUGUAGCAGCGAGUGGCUGCAACAAAAGCACAGAAUAGCAUCCCAGCUCCUCUCCUCCGCUCUUUUUCCCUCACCGCAUCUCUCUCCUCCUCUGUGCCGAAAACUCCAGACAGAACUGCAGAGAAUUGACGUCGCUAACGCAGCCCCUGCCUGCCAUCAACAAGUUAGGGAUGAAGGACGUUAAACAGUGAAAGAGGAAUGCGUGAUCUUCAAUUAACCAAUUGAGCUGACAUCAUUGCAGUGGAAAUGCAAAGAGGCAGCUGAGGGACGAAGGAUCUGCUCAGCAGUGUCGCUUUGGAUGCUAACUUCAAAAUUAAGGAUUCUUGGAAGGCAAAUAAUGCUCGUCUUUUCUUAAUCUGGGAAUUGAAUAGCAUUUGAAUAGGAAAACAAGGACUGAGCAAAUAACUGCAUCCCAGGACAUGGAAUUCCUGAAUUUGGUUCAAGUGGGGGGGCUGCUCGGCACUGCUUUAUUUUUGAAGAGCCUGAUUCCUUUUGUAUUUACUCAAAAGGUUUUUUCCCCCUUGGAUUUCUCUUCCAUCUGGCUGCUCCAAAAGUCUGCGGAAAAAGACAGUUGAAUGCAGCCUCCGAUGUACACAAAAGAAUGGGUUUCCAUUCAAGGUGGCCAUUGGUGGGAAGAGCACCAGCGGCACUUUGUGUGAUCAGCAUGCUACUGUGCCUCCCUCUCGUGUCAUGCACAACCUGCCCUCAGAAAUGCCGAUGUGAAGACCUGCAGUUUUACUGCGACACGCAGGGCCUCCUGGCGCCCCCAGACGGCGUGGAUAAAGGGGCCCUCGGACUGUCCCUUAGACACAACGGUAUCAGCGACCUUAGUCCAGACCAGUUCUUCGGUUUCACCCAGCUUACCUGGCUCCACUUGGAUCACAACCAAAUAACCAACGUGCAUGAAGAUGCCUUCCAGGGGCUGUACAAGCUCAAGGACCUUAACCUGAGCUCCAACCGCAUCACCAAGCUGCCAAACACAACCUUCAUCCACCUCAUCAACCUGCAGAUUUUGGAUCUCUCUUUCAACCAGAUGACGGCUUUGGAGCCCGAGCUCUUUCACGGGCUCCGGAAGCUCCAGAUUCUCCAUCUACGGUCGAACUCCCUGCGCACCACACCCGUCCGGGCGUUCUGGGAUUGCCGGAGCCUGGAAUACCUCGGCCUGAGCAACAACCGGCUCCGUAGCCUGGCCCGGAACGGCUUUGCCGGGUUAAUUAAACUCCGGGAGCUCCAUUUGGAACACAAUCACUUGACCAAGAUUAACUUGGCACACUUUCCUCGCCUGGUUGCCCUCCAGUUCCUUUAUCUACAGUGGAACAAGAUAAACAAUUUAACGUGUACCAUGGAAUGGAAAUGGACAACUCUGGAGAAACUGGAUCUAACUGGGAAUGAAAUACGAGUGCUUACGUCCGAUGUGUUUGAAACUUUGCCCAACCUAAAGAUCCUGCUGCUGGAUAACAACAAACUGACCAGCCUCGAUACCCAAACCAUGGAUAUGUGGAAGUCCCUAAACUUUAUCGGGCUUUCCAGCAACAUGUGGGAAUGUACCAAACGGAUCUGCAAUUUGGCCACUUGGCUAAGCACGUUUAGGGGUCGAUGGGAGCAUUCCAUCCUCUGUUACACUCCUGACUACGCACAGGGCGAGGAAAUACUAGACGCCGUUUACGGAUUUCAACUUUGCCAAAAUUUCUCAGCACCUGUUCUACUGACCAGUACUACCACGGAGGCCAUGCUCCCGGAGAUCACAAGCUCCCUGUUUGGAAAUGCGCAGACCCCUACGCAAGACUUCUAUGCAGAGGAUUUUGGGAGCUUUACGAUUGUUACUACUACUACUACUACUACCACCACCACUACUACUACUACUAAAACCACCCAACCACCAAGCACUGCCCUGACUACCACCCUGACGGUGGAGGAGGCAGAUACCGUUACAGAGGACUACUCUGCCAUGGACAACACAUUGCUGACCCAGAGGGUCAUUAUUGGCACUAUGGCUCUGUUGUUUUCAUUCUUUCUCAUAAUUUUUGUAGUGUAUAUAUCACGAAAAUGCUGCCCUCCCACUCUGAGGCGGAUCCGCCAUUGCUCGGCCAUUCAGAACCGGCGUCAGAUGAGGACCCAACAGAGACAGCCAAUGGCGGACCUGGCUACACAGGUGCCCUAUAAUGAGUAUGAGCCUACUCAUGAAGAGGGUGCUCUUGUGAUCAUCAAUGGCUACGGGCAGUGCAAAUGUCAGCAACUGCCUUACAAAGAGUGUGAAGUAUAAAAACUUUAUUUAUUCCUGCAGUUGAUGGGUUUAGCAUUCGUCCAUUUUGAAAAGAAACAGGGUUUGCUUCUGGACUUUUUUUCCUUUCAGUUUGUAAGCUUAUUUCUUUGGAAUUGUUAGCUUUGAAAUCCAUGAAAGCUUGACAUGACUGGGUUGAACCUGAUAAAGAGGAAAUAGAGAAAUUCACAAGUUUAUUUUUGUAUUACAAAUGCAAGGUUCAUAUCUAGCUGGGGCAAUCAAUCUCAGCAGAAGGAAGCUGGAUGUGGGAUGUGUCAUAGCAUCACUGGGGUUUGUGUAUUCUAUGUAUUCUGCAGCACAGAGGAGAUGAGAAAAUCUAUAGCCAAACCGCCUGGAACCUUGUGCUCCAGACAACAGUUCAUAAAAAAGACAUAUCUUCUGAUAAAUGAUAAAAUUCUGUUCCGUGAAAAAUAGUGUUGCAUAUGCCGAGCAGUGCAAAUUUAAAAGGAUUAAUAAAAAAGAUUUUUAUGGCAUCUGUUAGCCAACACUAUAGAUCUUGAAUUAACAUUUGGGGAGAGGAAAUAAAUGAUUAAGAGACAUACAAAGCAUAUUUUUUACCUUUUCUAAGUACUUCUACAAUUUAUGCCACAUGAUUAUAUCUAGGUUUGAACAGGGAAAUCAGAUAGCUCACGUUACUUAGCUUCCUCAUGGGGCAGAAACGAUAGUCUCACUUUGAUAGAGACUUAAAUUUGAACUAAUGAGAACACUUAACAGCCUUCCCGUUUCUGCAUUUGGAUAAAUUCAAUAAACUCUGUCCUCUUCCUUGAAAUCUCAAAAGCCUGGCACUUUGUGUAAAAAGGUUAAUGUCCAAUAUGGCUCUGCACUGAUUCUGACAAAACGCUCGCUCUGCUAUUAAAGAGACAGUUCAUUUGUCAUUGCACAUUUACAUAAGAUGGCUUCAAAUGCUGACAUCCUCACUGUGAUAGUACAAUGCUGCUUAGACCACCGCAACGUUAAUGAAAUGACCACCGAGGUAUGCUACUUUACCAAAACACCAGCACGAACAGGGAAGCGAAAUAGACGGCAAAACGUAACAGGUAAACGAAAGACACAGGCUAUUGUCUCCUAAAAAUAAAUGCAUACGCUCUGCAUCGCACUGGUCGAAUGCAGCAAAGAGCAUAAUCGCACCUGACAGCCUCAACAUUGAGUCAAUUAAGCCUGGGGAAAACGAAUCUAAUAUUCUGUCACCCAAACCUCUGCCCCAGCAAGACUCAGCCGGUACAGAUGUAAACCGCACUGUCGGUCUCUUUCAUGGAAACAAGACAGUUCUGUUUCUUUAUAGCCACAGUCCCGCUGGUCCACGACAUCAAAAAGCCUUUUUGUCCGAGCGAGAUAUGGCUAGGGUGAGAAUAAGAGCGAGGACAAGAAAGGGACGUCAAAGCGGAGAGAGGCUGAAGCGUAGCGCAUCUCUCAUAAGAGCAUGCGGAAGACGGCUGGGUCAGAAGACAUUUGUAUGCAGCACAGAGAAGACAGACAUUAGUAUCAAACUAAAGCAGCCGCGACGACUGCAGCGGGUCUCUCUGUCGCAUUCUGGUGUUGGAGGGCAGUGAUGCGCGAGUGGGGCAUGCAAACACCAGAUAACAUCUAAUCCAAGUGAACGAGCACCUUAUGUCCUGUAGUGUAGCUCAAUCAAAUCCAUUAGAGGAAAAGGGAACUGCAUGAUAACACCGUGGGGAAGAAUUCAAACCCCACUGCUGCCCUCAUAUUGCCUCAUUCCUAAAAUAAUUAUUCAUCAACUUGUAGCUUAAGGGAAAGCAGCUAAAAAUAAGCUAUAAACACAUCAAGUCAUAUCCUGGCAUAGGGGGUUCUCUACACAAAUUCAGUAGAGACCGGCAUAAAUAAAGCACACCUCAUGAUAGUGUGUUUGACAAAUAUGGCACAGGACAUGAGUAACUGUCCAAUAUUAAUUAGGCAUGUCUGAAGACACUAUUGACUUGAAAAACCCACAGAACAAAUGACAGCAGUUAAGUGCUGUUGGUCAAGAGAAAUGUAGCUAAUCAUGUCUGUGCAUAAGCUGGUAUAGCUGGAUAUUAACAAACCAAACAGUACUUGGUGAAUUUAGAGUAAACGUAUGCUGAGCAAAGAACAUUCAACAUUUACUAAAUCCUUUGAUUUGCAUUUAGUGAAAUCAUCAUUUACUUUCUGUAUUCCUUUAAUUCACCUUGCUUAAAAAAAAAAACACCUGCAACAUCCCAAAAAAGAGAGAGAAAAAAAUCAAGCCUUACAUUCUCACCUGAUAGUUUAGACGUACAAUCCGGUGCAAAAGUUUUACGCACAUUAACCCAAUAAAUAAGAGUUCAGAUGCAAACCCUUAUAAGUGCGUCUGACAUGUUUUCUUGUAAAUGAGCCUUUUUAUUAGACUCUUAAUGGAUUCUGCCAACAAAGUGGUGUUUCUGAAUGACAUGAGGCUACGAUUAAGCAGAUUUUAAGGGAACAUACCUCAAAAAUCUGACUUUGAGUGCUUCUAUCAACCUAGAAUAUAUACAAGGGGAUAAUACCGCCCCUUAAUCUGCACUAUCCAACCACAGCACUGCCAUUUAUUGCAGAGAUCUCUUCAUUUGCAUUUAAAAGAACACACCCAAAAUUACACAAUUUUUGCUCACAAUUUUAACAUGCUAUUUUGAGUUAACACUUGAUUGAACAUAAUGCGUGCCAAGAGUGUUUGGUUAAUAUCAUUUUGGGAUUUAGCAGUUUUUGCAUCUGAGCUCCUCAAAGUUUUUAAGCCAGUUAUUUAUAUCUUUUGCUGUAGUGCGUGAGUAGAAAUGAUUACUUUACAUUUUCAAACAUUUAUUUUGUACUUUAAUUUAUUAUUGUAAUAAUCCAGUAAGAUUUUUGUAUGCAAAAGCAGUCUGACAACAGCUAGAGGUCCAGACAGAGAUGGGAUCUCACCAUCAUUAUCAUAGUCUGUCUAUUAUUAUUACAUGAAUGACAGACAGACCAAAUCCAGAAGAGGUCUGAAAAAAACUACUUGCAAAACUACAUUACUGUAAAGUUGUUUGAACUUUAGGUACUUAUGAAAAAGUUGGGGAUGCUUUUUAAUUGUCAAAUUAAUUUCUAUCUAUUAAAUCAAAUCAAUUUUGGUUCGAUUACCCUUUGUGUUUAAGCAUCUUUUGUCCUAACUUGCACAUAGUUUUUAGGUAGUUUCACACAUAGAUUUCUUCAGACCUCUUGUUGACAUUGCCACAGUACAUCUGGAUUGGACUUGGUCCAUUUCAGUUCAAUCCCUUAAACCAAUGUUCUUCAACCCGGGUCCUCAAGGACCCCCUUCCAGAAUGUUUUAGAUGUCUCUUAAUUAACACACCUGAUUUAACUCUUCAGCUUGUUAGGGAGUCAUUCUGGAAGGAGGCUUGAUGAGUUGGUUCAGGUGUUUUAAAGGAGACAUCUAAAACUUUCUGGAAGGGGGUCCUCCAGGAACAGGGUUGAAGAACACGGUCUUAAACAAUGAAAAAAAGGAAUAUUUCGAAAUGUAAACUGAUAUUUCCUACUAACAUACUACAGCAAAAGAUUUGGGGGAAAAAAUACCAACACGUCUAAGACUACAUCCAGACUGCAGUCAGAAUCGUUUUUUUGCUCCUAUGUGACUCAUGACUGUCUUUUUGAACAGCCCAAACCACAUGGAAUCUGAUCUUUUCAAUUCUUAUUUGAGCCAUAUCCAAAUGUGUUACUAAAUCAGAUACAUGUCAGAUGUUUUGCAAUGCGACAUCAGUCUGAACAGUCAAAUCUGAAUUUUACAGAAUUCUAGACUGAUAUGCACGUCCCACCUGCAGAAAUAUGCAACAUGUUUGCAAAACCACAUUAAAGACAUUAAAGAUAAACCCAUAACACGCAAAUAAGUGUUUAACUGUCCUGCAGCACUGCCCAGAUGACCAACCCACGAGCAGACCGUCUCCGCUCGUAUGCUCUCGUAUCGCUAGCUCCCACGGAAGUAAGAUAAAACACGUCGACUGGCCGGUCUGCAGCUCUGCAUGUAGUCCACCAAGCCUGCUCAGUAGACUGCAUGUUCAUUUCCAUAUCACAGCGUGCUGCAUGAUGUAUUAUUGUUAUUUUGCACAGUGCAAAUGCAGUCCAGGACAAUGACCAGUUCACACAGGUGUCUGAUUUAAGCCAGGAAAUGUGAAGUGUCAAAAAAAAAAAUAGGAUCUGAAGGCUUGCAGUCUGAACGUAGUCUAAGACUUUUGCACAGUAGUGUAUGUGGUGGGGAAUUUAAACUAAUAGCAUAUAAAGUGAUCACAAAACCACCACAUUGUAGAGAUCCAUGUGCACUCCUGUAAACUGCAUUUUAUUAAUUGCUAAAGUCCUGCUGCUCGCUCUGGCCAAAACAGCCCUUUUAAAAUCACCACCUACAACUUCUUUGUGCAGAAAUGAAUGCUUCUCACCCACCUCUCUCCAAACCCUGCUUUUCCUUUUGUAUUGUAAAAUGUACUAUUUCAUAUCUGUAUAGUGGAUAAAGAUGUGGCCAACUGAACAGAACUUUUCCUCAAGACGUAUAUUUUUAAA